CUCAUCUCCGCUCCCUCGCAAUCCAUCCCCUCCUCUCGCCCCGUCCUGCACCCCCCACCUCACACACAAUGGCUUCCGGUUUCGGUCUCAACGGCGGUCCUUCCCGCUGCUACAACUUCUGGCAGGAGGUUCUCGGUUGCUACGUGGUCAAUGCCGGAGAGGGUGAAACUGGCAAGAAGAAGUGCAUGCCCGCUCUGGAGGACUACUACGAGUGCCUGCACCACAAGAAAGAGGCUCUCCGGACGAUGAAGAUGCAGGCCGCCUACCGCAAGGCUGAGGCCGCCACCCCCCGUGAAAACGCCCCCAAGGCCGAACAGAUCCGCAGUCUGGGACUGCUAGGGAAAGAGGAGGAAGCUGCGGCAUUUUUGAGCAAGUCUUAAGGGGGAAUAUGCGCAUACCUGGUGCGAUUGCAUGUUGAUUGUUUCAUUACUUCUACGGCUAUGCUGUUUUCUGUUUACCGCUGUGGGGUCCUUCAAUGUAUAGAAAUGGACAGUUUCAUUGAUCACGUGGAUUCCCUGGUCGCGAUAUGGGGAUCGUUGGAUUCUGACCGGUCGAGUCAGUUUGUAGGACGUGACAGAUAUCUGUGGUUAUGUGAGUAAUCAGGCCCUCACAUGACUCAACAUCCGUGAAUCAUCAUCUCUAUCUCUUGGAAGUGAUGCGCGUUCUGAGCUACUCAGCUCAAAUAUUUUCUUCUGUCAGUCAGCCUAAAUGCGAUGCUCAUUUCCUGGUAGGAUUCAGAGGCGCACUUUGGAUGGUUCCUAACAGGUUGUAGAGUUCCACUUGGUAUUUAAUGUGUUCCC